AUGACUUUAGGCGUUUCCACCAAGGAAAAUCUCGGAAGCUUGCUGACUGAAGCGGCUUUGUUUAAUAGUGGUCAAUGCAAUACAUUUGACGCAUAUGUGUAUGAAGAAGUAUCACGCCUGAAAAAUCUACGUGUCCAAUGGGAGGAAAGAGACUUGGUCGAAAUAAUAGUCCGCGGUAUCGUUGAGCAGGAGGUGCGUGCGCAUGCAUUUAGCAGUGGCAUUGGUAAGGUGUCGGAUUUAAUUGCGUUUUUGGGACCGAUGGCUAAGAAUGCAAAGUGCGAAAGACCCGUAAAUGACUUUAAGCAGCCACCUCUAAAACGUCCUCGAUACAACGAAGUCCUUAAAGGGAGUCGCAUUAAGGCUUGCUACCGUUGUGGUGGACCCGGACACAUGCAAGGAGGCUGCACUGCGCCCAUUAAUUCCCAUAACAAAGCGAAUGUGCCUGCAGCGCCGGCACAUGGUGUUGGACCAGGCACCUCUGUGCAAAACUGGGGCACACUGCUAAAUCGUGCUUUGCUCGUGGGGCCGUUGAACAGCGGAAAUCUGUGA